GCUUCACUCCCCGAGGUCUGUCCUGGGGAGACACUGCUACUCCGGGGGGCUGACCUGGCGGGGAGUGGAAGAGCAGUCUGCUCCCGCGCCGCUUUGUGAGCGCAGCGGCUGGGCCCCUCUGCUCCAGGGUCUGCCCCCCCGGGACGCCCCCUGCCCCGCCCCAGUCAUGCAACUCUACCUGCCUCUUCACUGUGGACCUUUGGGAAGCAGCCGCCCACCCCGGGGGCUCGGGCCCUGACCCUGCCAAGCGGCCGACCAAAACCUCAUGCGACCAAGCACAACCAUGGUGCAUACAGAUUCUCCUCAGAAGUGAGACUUUCCAAAGGACCAAUGACUCUGUUCCUCGUGCCCUUUCAGUUUUUCCUACUCCAUAGCUAUGUCUCGAUCUCGCCAUGCAAGGCCUUCCAAAUUAGUCAGGAGGGAAGAUCUAAACAAAAAGAAAAACAGCCAACUGAAGAAGGGAUCUAAGCCUGCCAACAAAAAUGUGGCAUCAGUCAAGACUGUGAACCCUGGAAAAUUAAAACAAUUAAUUCAAGAAAGAGAUGUUAAGAAAAAAACAGAACUCAAACCUCCUCUGCCAGUCAGAAGCCUUCUGACCAGAGCUGGAGCAGCACGAAUGAAUUUGGAUAGGACUGAGGUUCUUUUUCAGAACCCAGAGUCCUUAACGUGCAAUGGGUUUACAAUGGCUCUCCGAAGUACCUCUCUUAGCAGGCGGCUCUCUCAACCCCCGGUGGUCAUAGCCAAACCCAAGAAAGUUCCACCUCCUAAAAAUUUAGGAAAGCAACAUGAGUGUGAUUAUAAGGUCCUUACUGACAUGGGAGUAAAGCACUCAGAAAACGACUCAAAGCAAGUCCCAAAGCAAGACCCCCCAAUCCCUCCUGAUGCUGAGAAUCUAAUUGGCAAACAAAACGCAUCCUUAAUUAAAGAUGAGGGCCAAGAGACAACCCAGUCUUGGCCCCAAAGUGUCGAGGAAUCUGAAGUAAAUCAUUCUACUCAUAGUGGCCCUGUAGCAGAGAUCCUUUCUGGGUCAUUGGAAGGGACAUGUGGUGAAGGACUAUUCUCCAAGGAGACAUUGAAUGAUAAUAGUGAUUCUCCUGGAAUGUUUGCUCAGGACACUCUCUGUGUUCCUUUGCUCCAAAGAGCAGCCCUCAAGGUUACCUCCGAAGGAAGCCCCAGCAUUCAGUUAGAAGAUUUGGGUUCAAGAGUAGAAUCUCUUAAGCUAUCUGAUUCUUACCUGGAUCCUAUCAAAAGUGAACAUGAUUGCUGCCCCACCUCCAGCUUUAAUAAGGUUGUACCUGAAUUGGACCUUAGAAACUGUUUGUCUAUUGGUGGGUCAAUAUAUCCUACCUCAUUAAUAAAACUCCUCUUGGCAGGUUCAGAACAAGAAACCCUUUGUGCUAAACCAGAUUAUCAAGAGGUGCUCAAAGCUACCCCAGAUCAACAGGAAAUUACUGAUACCACCCCUGUCCUAGGACAGGUCUUUAGUGCUAUCCCACAUCCCUGGGAAGUUCCUGGUGCUAACCCGGUUCAUGGAGAGCCUCUGGGUGAGACCCCAAACCCACCAGAGAUUCCUGGUGCUAUUCCAGUCCAAGGAGAAGUCUUUGGUGCUAUCUUAAAUCAACAAGUCCUUGGUAUGGGUGGUGAUACUGCCUCAGACCCACCUAUCUUUCUUCCUGCUCCUCCAAAUCAAAUUGCUACCUAUUAUCCUCUCCCAGAAUGGCCUGAACCCCUGAGCACUGUUUCCUCUGGGCUCCAGGUCCAGGGUGCUAUGCAGAUUUUGCCUUUGGGCUCAGAUCACACUCCUCAACCAUCAUCAAACUCAGAGAUAAGUUCGGUACCUCCAGUAAUGGCUAUAAACAGUAUAGAAAAUGAGAAGCAGGUUCAUAUAAGCUUUCUGCCAGCUAAUACUCAGGGGUUCACAUUAGCCCCUGAGACAGGACACUAUCAUGCUCCACAAGGCAUUGCCCAGCUCUCCCAGGUGAGUCCCAGCAGAUUGGAAGGAGGGAGCUCCCAGAUCAGCACCACCAGCACACUUGACGCCAACACCACAGUAGUGUCGAGGCCAGUGUCAUUUGCAAGUACCUCCUCGUCUCCUUCCUACACAACUUUGCUACCUACUUUGGAAAAGAAGAAACGAAAGCGAUGCGGGGUCUGUGAACCCUGCCAGCAGAAGACCAAUUGUGGUGAAUGUACUUACUGCAAGAACAGAAAGAACAGCCAUCAGAUCUGUAAGAAGAGGAAAUGUGAGGAACUAAAAAAGAAGCCGUCCAUCAUUGUGCCUUUGGAGGUUAUAAAGGAAAACAAGAGGCCCCAGAGGGAAAAGAAGCCCAAAGUUUUAAAGGCAGAUUUUGACAACAAACCAGUAAAUGGCCCCAAGUCAGAAUCCAUGGAAUACAGUAGUUGUGGUCAUGAGGAAGAACAAAGAUUGGAAUUGAGUGUAUUUCCUUUUGAACAUGUAACUAAAAAUGAAGAAAGUAUGACAGGUAUUGAAGUGGAAAAGUGGACACAAAACAAGAAAUCAAACUUAAGUGAUCAUGUCAAAGGAGAAUUUAAUGCAAUAAUUACAGAAGCUGAAAAUCGGAAAAACUCUGAAGAUGACAGGAAAAAAGUCCUACUUACUGACCUCCUUGAACCUCAAAAAUUGUUUGCACAAACUGUAAGAAACGGCAUUAAAAAUGUACACUAUUUACCAACUGAAACGAAUUUGUCUUUUAAAAAAAUCAAUAUUGAAGAACUUGGCAAGGCAUUUGAAAACAAUCCUUACAAAUUCCUGAAAGACACAGCAAGCCAUAACAAUGCCAUGAGCUCCAUUGCUACUAGUGCGAGCUGUGAUCAUCUCAAGGGGAGAAAUAAUAUUUUGGUCUUUCAGAAGCCCGGCUUUAAUUGCAAGUCUUUUCCAGAUCCUGCAAACUGCAACUUAAAUAGUCGUACUAGUGUACACAAUGAAAGUGAUCAACCAAAAUCCCUAGAAAAUAUAACAAAUAGAGAACCAAAAGAAGGAGCAACACUUCAACCAAGUCUUCUUUCCCUAAUGAAAGAUAGGAGAUUAACGUUAGAACAAGUAGUGGCCAUAGAAGCUCUAACACAACUUUCGGAAGCCCCAUCAGAAAAUUCUUCACCAUCAAAGUCAGAGAAGGAUGAAGAAACAGAACAGAGAACAGCUAGUUUGCUUAAUAGUUGUAAAGCUAUCCUUUAUUCUGUAAGAAAAGACCUCCAAGACCCAAACCUACAAGGGGAGCCACAAAGCCUUCAUCACUGUCCAUCUUUGGAAAAGCAAAAUUCCUGCAACACCAUAGUGUUUAAUGGCCAAAAUAACAUUUCUAAGUCACAUAGCAGCUCACCUAGUGACCAAGCAUCCACAAAGGCACAGGAAUAUUCAACAGUCACAAAUUCAAUAUCUCUUUUUAUACCAAAUUCAAAUUCAUCUAAAACUGAUACCAAUAAAAAUGUUGCUCAAGGUAAAGUUACUCUUAACAGCUCUAAGAAUUUGCAUCAGUUGACAGUAACUAAUAAAUUGGAGAAUUGUAACCAGUCACUGGACAGCAGCAACAAAUUGGACUCAAAGGAUAAUCCAUCAUGUCAAGAUACAGUUCAUAGUAAAAUAGAAGAAGAUGUUGCAACUCAGUUAACACAACUUGCAUCAAUAAUUAAAUUCAAUUAUACAAAAGCAGAGGACAAAAAAGUUGAAAGUACACCAAACCUGACUGCAUAUAAUGUACAGCAGAACUAUUGCCAAAAGGCCACAAUACAACAGAAACCACCCUCCAGUGUACAAAAUAAUCAUGGUUCAUCAGUAACAAAGCAGAAGAACCCAACCCAAAAAAAGACAAAAUCUACCCCGUCAAGAGAUCGUCGGAAAAAGAAGCCUGCAGUCAUAAGUUGUCAAGAAAAUGACCAGAAAAAGCAGGAACAGUUGUCAUAUGAGUAUAGUAAGUUACAUGAUAUUUGGAUAGCAUCUAAAUUUCAAAGAUUUGGUCAAUUUGGUCCACAUAAUUUUCCUAUUCUAUUGGGCAAAAUUCCUCCCCUAACCAAAGUAUGGAAACCACUGACUCAAAAGCGUUCAGCAUUAGAACACAAAACAUUAUUUCCUCCACUCAAUCAGAUAAAAGUUGACCGAUAUUAUCCUGAAUUAGCACAGGACAAAAUGAAGGUUGAACCCUUGGAUUCUUUCCCCAUAAUCCAGUUAAAAACAGAAUCCAGUGGGCAGGCAUUUACAGAAAAUGCAUAUCCUCAGGUACCACCAACAGUGAAUGUCAAUCAGAAAGUUCAUCCUUUACUCCAGCCCUCCUCUCCAACUAACCAGUGUGCUAAUGUAAUGGCUGGCAAUGACCAAACACAGUUCCAACAGGAUGUUAAAGACCAACACAUGCAUCAGAGACUGCCGACAUUGCCUGGUAUCUCUCACGAGACCCCCUUACCGGACCCAGCACAAAUUCUCAGGAACCUCAAUGUAGUAUGUUCGGGUGGAAUUACAGUGGUUUCUACCAAAAGUGAAGAGGACGUCUGUUUAUCUAGCAUUGGAGCAUCCGAAUUUUCCCCAAUAGACAAUGCACAGAAAAGUUUUAAUGAUUAUGCCAUGAACUUCUUUACUAAUCCUACAAAAACCCUGGUGUCCACAACGAAAGAUUCUGAAUUGCCAACCUGCAAUUGUCUCGAUCGAGUUAUACAAAAAGACAAAGGCCCAUAUUAUACACACCUUGGGGCAGGACCAAGUGUUGCUGCUGUCAGGGAAAUCAUGGAGAAUAGGUAUGGUCAAAAAGGAAACGCAAUAAGGAUAGAAAUAGUAGUGUACACGGGGAAAGAAGGAAAAAGCUCUAAUGGGUGUCCAGUUGCUAAGUGGGUUUUAAGAAGAAGCAGCGAUGAAGAGAAAGUUCUUUGUCUUGUUCGACAGCGUGCAGGCCACCACUGCCCCACAGCUGUGAUGGUGGUGCUCAUCAUGGUAUGGGAUGGCAUCCCUCUCCCACUGGCUGACAGACUGUACUCUGAGCUUACGGAAAGUCUAAAGUCCUACAAUGGUCAUCCCACAGAUCGAAGAUGCACUCUCAAUGAAAAUCGAACCUGUACAUGUCAAGGACUUGAUCCAGAGACUUGUGGAGCUUCCUUCUCUUUUGGCUGCUCAUGGAGUAUGUAUUUCAAUGGCUGCAAAUUUGGUAGAAGCCCAAGUCCUAGAAGAUUUAGAAUUGAUCCAAGUUCUCCCUUACACCACUACUAUGAAAGAAUUACUAAAGGACGUAAUCCAGAAAGAAGAUAUAUGAAACCGGAACCAAUCUGUCCGGAACACAAGGCCAUGGAAAAAAACAUUGAAGAUAAUUUACAGACUUUGGCUACAGAAUUAGCUCCAAUUUAUAAACAGUAUGCUCCGGUUGCUUACGAAAACCAGGUGGCGUUUGAACAUGUUGCCAGAGAAUGUCGGCUUGGCAAGAAAGAAGGUCGUCCUUUCUCUGGGGUCACUGCUUGCCUCGAUUUCUGUGCCCACCCCCACAGGGACAUUCACAACAUGAAUAAUGGCAGCACAGUGGUCUGCACUUUAACAAGAGAAGAUAACCGCUCAUUUGGUGUUAUUCCUCAAGAUGAGCAGCUGCAUGUGCUUCCUCUUUAUAAACUUUCAGACACAGAUGAGUUUGGCUCAAGGGAAGGAAUAGAAGCCAAGAUCAAAUCCGGGGCCAUCAAGGUCCUCACACCCUGCAGCAGAAGAAGAACACGAUUCACUCAGCCAAUUCCUCGUUCUGGCAAGAAGAGAGCAGCAAUGAUGACAGAGGUCCUCGCACAUAAGAUAAGGGCUGUGGAAAAGAAAUUUAUUCCUCGAAUCAAGCGGAAGAAUAACUCAAUGAUGAACAACAGUAAGGCUUCGUCGCUGCCACUGUUAGGGAAUAAAAUAGAGACCAUGCAACCCGAAAUAAAAAGUGAAAUGGAACCCCAUCUUAUCUUCAAAGGUUCAGAAAACACUAAAACCUACUCACCGACCCCAUCCAUUCCUCACCCAGUGAAAGAGGCAAACUUAGCUCCAGGCUUCUCCUGGUCCCCUAAAAGUGCUUCGGUCACAACACCUCCUUUUAAGAAUGAUGCAACAGUUUCGUACGGGUUUUCAGAAAGAAGUAGCAAUCCCCACUGCACGACGCCUUCUGCGGGACAUGGUGGUGCUAAUGCAGCUGCGGGGGAAGGCACUGGAAUUGCACAGCCUGGUGAAAGGUUUCCUCUUCCGACCUUGUCUACCCCUGGGACAGAUUCCCUGGGUUAUCCUGAGCCUCCCACCGGUCCAUGUGAGCACCUCCCUUCUCAUCAGCCAAACCAGCAGUCCCCAUUCGUCACCUUUCCACAUGACCCUGCUUCCUCUCUGGUGGAAGAAGACGAGCAGCAUUCGGAAGCAGAUGAGCCUCUGUCAGACGACCCCCUGUCAGAUGACCCCCUGUCACCUGUUGAAGAGAAGUUGCCCCGCAUUGAAGAAUAUUGGUCAGACAGUGAGCACAUCUUCCUGGAUGCCAAUAUCGGGGGCGUGGCCAUAGCGCCCGCCCACGGCUCCGUUUUGAUCGAGUGCGCCCGGCGAGAGCUUCACGCUACCACGCCUGUCGAGCAUCCCAACCGGAAUCACCCUACCCGCCUGUCUCUUGUUUUCUACCAGCACAAAAACCUGAAUAAGCCCCAACACGGUUUCGAACUAAACAAGAUUAAGUUUGAGGCGAAAGAAGCUAAGAAUAAGAAAAUUAAAGCCUCAGAGCAGAAAGACCAGGCAGCUAAUGAGGGUCCUGAACUGUCCCCUGAAAUUAAUGAAUUUAGCCAGAUUCCUUCUCAUAAAGCAUUAACAUUAACCCAUGACAAUGUUGUCACCGUGUCCCCUUACGCUCUCACACAUGUUGCGGGGCCCUAUAAUCAUUGGGUCUGAAGGCUUUUCUCCCCUUAAUGCCUUUGCGAGUGCAGUGUAUUUUUUUCAAGGUGCUCUUAAAAGAAAGUCAUGUUGUGGUUUACUAUUUCUUCAUCUCACCCAUUUGAAGGCUGAGGUAAAAAAAAAAAGAAAGAAAAAUUGGGGGUGGGUGUUUCUUAACUGUGACUAUAUUUUGACAAUUGGUAGAAGGUGCACAUUUUAAGCAAAAAUAAAAGUUUUAUAGUUUUAAAUACAUAAAGAAAUGUUUUGGUUAGGUGUUAACCUUGAUAGAAUCACUCAGUUUGGUGCUUUAAAUUGUUUACUAUGAAACGGUCAUUUUUAGAGGAUUUUAACAGGUUCAUGUGCUAUGAUGUAAAAUUAAGACACACAGUGUUAACUCUACACAGCUCCUGGUGCUUAACCACAUCGACACAAAAAUAAGCUGAAUUAUUAUUUCAUGGUGCCAUUGUUCCAACAUCUUCCAAUCAUUGCUAGAAAAUCGGCAUAUUCUUUUGAAAUAAACCAAUGAAAUGUUUUCUCUCUUAAGAUAUCUCUCCUGUAUAAAAUAAUUCAUUAUUGUUCGUAAUGGUUGGAGGCUGUUCAUAAAUUGUAUAUAUAUAUUUUAAAAGCACUUUCUAUUUUUAAAAGUAACUUGAAAUAGUAUAGUAUAAGAAUCCUAUUGUCUAUUGUUUGUGCAUAUUUGCAUACAAGAGAAAUCAUUUAUUCUUGCUGUGUAGAGUUCCAUCUUGUUAACUGCAAUAUGUAUUCUAAUCAUGUAUAUGGUUUGUGUUUUUUUAAUGUGUCCUAUCUCAUUCAAAGAUUAGCUUCUUAUAUCAAAUAGUUCAUGCAAAAAUUGUUUGUUCUCUCUAAAAUUGGAAUUAGGAAGCAUAUCACCAAUAUUGAUUCACUUUUCCUUUGGAACUAAGUAAGAGUGGUCUCUUCUGAUUUUUUAAGCAACAAUGGCCCUAAUAUACGUUCACACCCAGCUUUCUCCAUGAAAGGUGUUUCCAAAAGGAGAUGAGAUAUAAUAGGAUUCUGAAGAGUCAAAUGCUUCUAAAGUUUCAAGGUGAUAAAAUACAAAAAUUAAGUAGCAAGAACCUUAUCCAUCCCAAAUUGCCUUAUUCAUUCUGAAAUUCAUUUGGUACAGAAUAAGAAUAAAAUUCCUGUCCAAGUCUGUUGAAACUAAAUUCCCUAUCAUUACAUACCCCAAACAAAACAGUACGAAUGGUAUUAUCAGUAUGGUUUGUCCUUUAAGAGCUAAUCCAAAGUAGUUUAUCUAAGUAUAUUGGUUUUGGGGGAAAUGUUAAUUCAUCUUUUUCUAGGUAACAGGAAAAUAGGCAUUCCAUUUAUUUUAGUCCUAAAUUGUUUUUCCCCCAUUUUAUUGACUCAUUUUAUAGCAAACCAGAAGGGAUUGCCCAAACAAAAUGUCUCGAACAAAAAGAAAUUUCAGUGAAAUACUUGAUUCUGUUAAAAUGCAGAGGUGCUAUAACAUUCAAAGUGUCAGAUUCCUUGGGAAUAUGGAAAACCUAAUGGUGCUUCUCCCUUGGAAAUGCCAUAGGAAGCCCACAACCGCUAACACUCACAAUUCUGGUGCAAAAGCAAAUAGUUCCAAGUUCUCUAAAAGAAAACUCAUUUUAAUUUAUAUUAAAAUAAUAUAUGGUGCAAAGUAUAAGUUUCAAGCUUUUGACUAAUUUCGACUUAAGGAAUAUGAAGGGAUUGUAAAUAACAAUGUCCAUUGUUAGACCAUCUUGUCAAGUAGAUUUCUGUUUCUUGAAUAUGUAAAAUAGAUUUGUUUUCAUUGACUUGUUUUAGUAUUUUGUGUGCCUUAGAUUUCUGUUUUAAAACAUGUAUAUUUUUGUGAGCCUAAGGUUUCUUAUACAUAUAAGUAUAUAAAUAAGUGAUUGUUUAUUGUUUCAGCUGCUUCAACAAGAUAUUACUAGUAUUAGACUAUCAGGAAUACACCCUUGUGAUAUUUCAUGUUAGACUUUAGGCCUUAGCUCCCACUAGAAAGUAUUUCCUCACGAGAUUUAAUGGAUAAAGUUGUUGUAAGACCCUUUAUCCAUCCACCCAUCUAUCCAUUCUUUGAUUCAAUUCUUGUUGAAUAUCUGCCAAGUUUAAGCAUUAGCUUUUAUUUUUCUUUAAAUCACCACUCAUGAUAUAGUAAACUUGAGGAAUUAAAAUCCUAAAAGGUACUCUUACACAUGUUUUUCCAAAAAUAGCAAAUUUCCUCCAACAAUCCAUUGUGAUGUAUCUGCAGCAAUUCAAAUCAGUCAUGAACUUAAUCUUUUUUUUUUGUCUUUUUCUGUCUUUUUGGGGCCGUACCUGCGGCAUAUAGAGGUUCCCAGGCUAGGGAUCCCAUUGGAGCUGUAGCUGCUGGCCUAUGCCA